AUACUGCUUACAUCACUUUAUAUGAUAGAGUUUGUGUCUUAUUUUUAUCAAUUUCAUCCGAAUUACUAGAAUUGCACCCCCAUUCUUUUGAGUCCAAAUUCCAUCAACUUUUGCUGGCUAGGUUCGCUCGAAAUUCUUGAGGCCUUCUUAAACACGGGAUUAGUUUUAUAUAUAGCAAUACUAUUUAUUUAUAACGUCUAUUUACUCAUUGUUUUGAAAGAGAUUUUUAUUCUUCCACUAUGUUUUUGGGUGCCCCAGAAAAAAAUUCUGGGUGCUCCUAGUAACACCCGGAACUAGAAUGUUUGAACAGAAUUGGUUGCGCCUGGUGCCCAUUCCAAGUUUGUUCCUGUAUUCUGGGCGAAUGCGAAGGCUCAUGUCACGCGGCUAUUAGAAUAAAGUCACUUCCCAGUUACUUGACUCUCUCUCUAUUCUUUUCCGCCAUUCCUAACCCUACAAGCUUCGUCUCGUAAAGAAAAUUCCAAAGCUCAACAGAGAAAAUGAGGACAGUGCUUUCGCGCUUGAUCCAUUCCACGCCUUCCAUUUCCAGGAUCAAUGCCACGGUAGUGUCAAUCAGCGGGAGAAAUCUCUGCACAGAUUCUAACAAAGUUCAUGAACCCUUUAAAGUUGAAGAAGCAGAGACUGUAAAUGUGCCGCCACCCCCAACGGAAAAGUUGGUUGUGCUUGGAGGCAAUCCGUUUGUUGGACUUGGAUCACUUGGAUCACACAUUUUGUUAGAAGCCCUACAUCGUGGCAAGUGUGCUGGGAGUCCUACCAGGUUUUUUUUUAUUUGGUCUGGUAGGCCAUCCCUGCAUGAUUCCUGGGCUAUGGAAUUUGCUUGGCAUUUGGGGAAUCUCUUUUCAACUGCUUCAUUGAGAAAACAUCUGAAUGGGGCCACUGCUGUUAUCUCAUUUAUGGGUGGUUUUGGCUCCAACAUCAAAGCUAUUAGAGCAGCUUCAGAUCAAGGUGUUAAAAGAUUUGUCUAUAUCUCUACUGCUGACUUUGGUGUAGUUAAUUACUUACUGCAGGGCUGUAAUAUAGGAAAGAGAGCUGCUGAAACAGAGCUUCUGACCAGAUUUCCAUUUGGAGGAGUAAUUCUGAGGCCAGGAUUAAUUUAUGGGACUCGAAUUGUUUCAGCUCCAUUGGAAAUGGUUCUCCGAGUUGCUAAACCAUCGAACCAUAUCCCAUUUGUUGGGCCUCUGUUGACACCUCCUGAUGCGGUGGCAAAAGUUGCUGUUACAGCUGCUACGGCUACUGAUCCUGUAUUUCCCCCGGGGAUCAUUGACGCCAAUGGAAUACAACGUUUACUGUCAGAAUAAAUCAAACUAGAAUUAUCUUUCUUUUGUUUUCUGGGUAAAUCUAAUUUGGGGCGAUUUGCUUCUGAAUAUCCGUGUUUUACUAUUAUUGUUAAACUGAGAAUAUUUCUCCAUACCAAAUCCUUGAAAGAAUAAAAUCUGAAAGUGCGUGCGUGCAUGUAGCCAUAGAUCUACCUUUCCAAUUUUUUUAAUUUCACAAUACAUCAAGAAUUUUUUU